GAAGCCCCCGGCCUUGCCCUCAGCCAAGAUGGCGGCGGCCUGAAAGAAGAAGAAAGAGCCGGCGGUUGGCCUCGUCCCUUCUCCCCUCAUGCCCCGCCGGGAUGCUCCGCUCGAGCGGCUUCCUGCGAGGCGUCGACUGCCCCUUCGGCACCGCCUGCCACAGGCCCUACUGCCACCUCCGACACCCGCCGGGCCCGCAGCAGGGCCAGGCCAGGCCCCCCCCGGCCAGGAGCAGCAGGAGGCCCUCCGCCUCGGCAGCAGGUGACGGCGCUCUGCCUAUGCUCAGGGGCCGGGAGGGAGGGAGGGAGGGAGCCACGCCCGCCCUCAGGAGGGAGGGGAAGGCGCUCUGCGUAUGCUCAGGGGCCGGGAGGGAGGGGGAAGGGGGAAGGGAGCCACGCCUGCCCUUGGGGGGGAGGGGAAGGCACUCUGCGUAUGCUCAGGGGCCGGGAGGGAGGGGGGAAGGGAGCCACGCCCGCCCUCAGGGGGGAGGGGAAGGCGCUCUGCGUAUGCUCAGGGGCCGGGAGGGAGGGGGGAAGGGAGUCACGCCCGCCCGCAGGAGGGUGGCGCUCUGCGUAUGCUCAGGAGCCAGUCGAGGGGGAGGGAGGGAGGGAGCCACGCCUGCCCUCAGGGGGGAGGGGAAGGCGCUCUGCGUAUGCUCAGGGGCCGGGAGGGAGGGGGGAAGGGAGCCACGCCUGCCCUUAGGGGGGGAGGGGAAGGCACUCUGCGUAUGCUCAGGGGCUCCUGUGCUCCCAUAUAUCUGUAGGUAUAUAGAUACAGAGCGCUCUGCGUAUCCUCAGGCGCCAGUCGAGAGGGAGGUAGGGAGGGGGGAAGGGCCCCACGCCCGCCCUCAGGGGGAAGGCGCUCUGCGUAUGCUCAGGAGCCAGUCGAGAGGGAGGGAGGGAGGGAGCCACGCCCGCCCUCAGGAGGGAGGGGAAGGCGCUCUGCGUAUGCUCAGGGGCCGGGAGGGAGGGGGGAGGGGGGAAGGGAGUCACGCCCGCCCUCAGGAGGGGGGGAAGGCGCUCUGCGUAUGCUCAGGGGCCGGGAGGGGGGGAGGGGGAAGGGAGUCACGCCCGCCCUCAGGAGGGAGGGGAAGGCGCUCUGCGUAUGCUCAGGGGCCAGUCGAGGGGGAGGGGGGAAGGGAGCCACGCCCGCCCUCAGGGGGGAGGGGAAGGCACUCUGCGUAUGCUCAGGGGCUCCUGUGCGCCCAUAUAUCUAUAGGUAUAUAGAUACAGAGCGCUCUGCGUAUGCUCAGGGGCCAGUCGAGGGGGAGGGAGGGAGGGAGCCACGCCUGCCCUUGGGGGGGAGGGGAAGGCACUCUGCGUAUGCUCAGGGGCUCCUGUGCUCCCAUAUAUCUAUAGGUAUAUAGAUACAGAGCGCUCUGCGUAUGCUCAGGGGCCAGUCGAGAGGGAGGGGGGAAGGGAGUCACGCCCGCCCGCAGGAGGGAGGGGAAGGCACUCUGCGUAUGCUCAGGAGCCAGUCGAGGGGGAGGGAGGGAGGGAGCCACGCCUGCCCUCAGGGGGGAGGGGAAGGCACUCUGCGUAUGCUCAGGAGCCAGUCGAGGGGGAGGGAGGGAGGGAGCCACGCAAGCCCUCAGGGGGGGAGGGCAAGGCGCUCUGCGUAUGCUCAGGGGCCGGGAGGGGGAGGGGGAAGGGAGUCACGCCCGCCCGCAGGAGGGAGGGGAAGGCACUCUGCGUAUGCUCAGGGGCUCCUGUGCUCCCAUAUAUCUAUAGGUAUAUAGAUACAGAGCGCUCUGCGUAUCCUCAGGCGCCAGUCGAGGGGGAGGGAGGGAGGGGGGAAGGGCCCCACGCCCGCCCUCAGGGGGAAGGCGCUCUGCGUAUGCUCAGGGGCCGGGAGGGAGGGGGGAGGGGGGAAGGGAGCCACGCCCGCCCGCAGGAGGGAGGGCGCUCUGCGUAUGCUCAGGGGCUCCUGCGCUCCCAUAUAUCUAUAGGUAUAUAGGUAUAGAGCGCUCUGCAUAUGCUCAGGGGCAGGGAGGGAGGGGGGGAGGGAGCCACGCCCGCCCUCAGGAGGGAGGGCACUCUGCCUAUGCUCAGGGGUUCCUGCGCUCCCAUCUAUCUGUCUGUCUGUCUAUCUAUCUAUCUAGAUAUCAUUAUCUUUCUAUCUAUCUGUCUAUUGUGCUCUGCGUAUGCUCAGGGGCUCUGGCACUCCUAUCUAUCUGUCUUAUCUGUACUGUAACUAGAUAUAUCAAUAUAUCUUUCUAUCUAUCUGUCUAUUGUGUUCUGUUGUAUGCUCAGAGGUACGUCGAGAGGGAGGGAGGGAGUGAGGCGGGGGAAGGAAACCCCACCCUGCAUCAGAGGAGGGGAAGGCACUCUGCAUAUGCUCAGGGACUCUUGUACUUCUAUCUAUCUAUAUAUCACUAGGCAUAUCUGUAUAUCAUUAUCUUUCUAUCUGUCUGUCUAUUGUGCUCUGUGUAUGCUCAGGGCCUCUGGCACUCCUGUCUAUCUAUGUAUGUAUCUAUCUACAGCAUAACUAGAUACUUCUAUAUAUUGUUAUCUAUAUCUAUCUGCCUAUCUAUCUAUUGUGCUCUGUGUAAGCUCAGAGGCUCUUGCACUCCUAUCUUUGUAUCUAUCGUAUCUAUAACUAGAUAUAUCAAUAUUUCUAUCUUUAUCUGUCUAUGGUGCUCUGUGUAUGCUCAGGGGCUCUUGCGCUCCCCUCUAUCUAUAAUGAGGUAUAUCUAUGCGUACGCAAGGGUACGCAUACUCCCUGAACAUUUUGUGAAUCUAAGUUUGGCCUCAUUGAGGGGCGGUAUAUCAAUACGAGUAGGAAUAUGAGAGUACCCCUAAACAUUUUUUUAAAAGAAAAAAAAAGCACUGGCCUUGGCAAAUGAAUAAGCUUAAUGCUUUCAGUUAGGGAAUCUCCCAAUCUGAAAAAGCUGGGGGGGGGGGCAUUCGUGUUUUACGUGCACUGUGGGGUCUCUGGAGGCUCGUGGGAAAGUUAAACAUCAGAAAACCUAAAAGAGGGCAGUGUCUCUUUAAAAGCCAUGCGAGUCUGCGAAACUGGGACCUGUGACCAGUUUCCUCCACCCUCUGCUGCCACAGGAGUUAGGGCAGUCAUGACUGCCGACGUCCUCGCCUGCAAAGGAGACGUUAAAAUAAGAGUUGAAAGCAUGAACAAAUACCUCCGUUCCUUGCUAACGCACGAGAGCCCAGGUAAAAUAUAUAUUUUUUAAAAAGAUAGAAUCCUGCUAUCCUUGGUGUUCUUUCUUUGGGGUGCCAGGUAAAAAAAGAUUGCUCUCUGGAGGUGAGGCACGCUAUCUUCCAGGCGAAUAGCCUACAAUGCGGCUGGUGAAUUUUGUAUGUAGGCUGUGUAACCCUUCACUCUCUGCUACUUACCUGUGAAGCAUUCUUGAAAUCCUUUGUUUUCAUCUAAGCUUUCCUGUGCUAUAUAUCUAUAUCUAUAUCUAUAUCAUCUAUAUCUAUAUCUAUAUCAUCUAUAUCUAUCUAUAUAUCUAUAUCUAUAUCUAUAUCAUCUGUAUCUAUAUAUCUAUAUCUAUAUCUAUAUAUAGUUGUUGUUGUUUAGUCAUGUCCGACUCUUUGUGACCCCCUGGACCAGAGCACGCCAGGCCCUCCUGUCUUCCACUGUCUCCCGCAGUUUGGUCAAACUCAUGCUGGUAGCUUCAAGAACACUGUCCCACCAUCUCGUCCCCUUCUCCUUGCACCCUCCAUCUUUCCCAACAUCAGGUUCUUUUCCAGGGAGUCUUCUCUUCGCAUGAGGUGGCCAAAGUCUUGGAGCCUCAGCUUCAGGAUCUGUCCUUCCAGUGAGCACUCAGGGCUGAUUUCCUUAAUGAUGGAGAGGUUGGAUCUUCUUGCAGUCCAUGGGACUCUCAAGAGUCUCCUCUAGCACCAGAAUUCAAAAGCAUCAAUUCUUUGGCGAUCAGCAUUCUUUAUGGUCCAGCGCAUUGGGUCAAAUACAUGUCCACAGAGAGGGUUUUAAACUGGUGGGGGUAGACUGCAUUUGAUAAUUAAUCCAGUGUUGACUUAAAUCUCCUGGAGGUGUGUUUUUAUUUAAAGUACUGAAUGUUUAAUGUUCCCUACUCUUAACGGCUGGAUUAAGUAGCAAUUGCAUUGUGAAGUGCAAUUUUUCAAGCUGUUGGGGUCAACUUGGACCCGUGAUACCUGGAAAAGAGUAUUCUCACCCCCCCAGUUCAUUUUACCUGGGUCUUAAGUGACCUUUGAUCCUUACAUAGUGUAAUCAUCAAAAUUAAAAAAAAAUUGGGGUGUGUGUGCUCGAAACACCAUUGAAAAAUCAAUCCCUUUGUUGGAAGGGGAACCAACGAGAAAGAAAAGCAUAGGAAUUGUCCUAAAACUAUUGGUUUCUUCUUCUGUGGCUCCCUCCCUCAAUUUGGUUUUGGACGGGUUACUUUUAAGAGCACGACAACCUGCCUUAAACCAGAUCAAAAUAACAGAGCAGGGAAGCUCGUUCUGUCGGGAGCUGUGUCUUUGCAGGGUCUAGGGCAGAGAUCGGGGUCCCUGAGUCAUGUGCAAGAUAACUUAGUGUGCAAAGCAUUGCUUGCAAAGUACCGUAUUUUUUGCUCUAUAAGACUCACUUUUUCCCUCCUGAAAAGUAAGGGGAACUGUCUGUGCGUCUUAUGGAGCGAAUGCAGGCUGCGCAGCUAUCCCAGAAGCCAGAACAGCAAGAGGGAUUGCUGCUUUCGCUGCGCAGCGAUCCCUCUUGCUGUUCUGGCUUCUGAGAUCCAGAAUAUUUUUUUUCUCGUUUUCCUCCUCCAAAAACUAGGUGCAUCUUGUGGUCUGGUGCGUCUUAGAGAGCGAAAAAUAUGGUAUGUGUUGGUCUUAUCAUGCUGUUUCCUUGAAGGCUUAUGUAGGAAGCUUCCUGGUCAGGCUGUUCAUCUGUUGUCGCCUGUGCUAACUGACAGAACCUCCAAGGUUAUUAAUAUUAAAUUUGUAUACUACCCUAUACCGGCUGGUCUCACAAAAAAGGAGCUUUUUUCCCCUACCCAGAGAUGCUGGGAAUUGAACCCAGAACCUUCUGCACGCUGUCCCACUGAGCUACAGGCUUUCGCCUAAAGAAAUGGCUUCUUUAAAUAUGAAUAUCGGAAAGUGACUUAUGCCACUGAUCUUCCAGCUUAGUGUUGUCUACACGGACUGGCAGCUGCUGUCCAGGUUUUCAGGCAGGGAGUCAUUUUCUCCAGCUGUCCCUGGAGAAUCCAGGAUUUGAACCUGGCACUUAUUUUAUUUUAAUUUUUUGCGUGGAGAGUGUGUGCUCUUCCCACCAAGCUAUUUUUCCUGAAUCACCUAUAUAUGUUGCACGUUUAACCUGCUGAAGAGGGAGCCUUGAAUUACCCAAGUCACGAAGAAAGGUGGGAGAGGAAAUUAGCAAAUGGCCUUUGCAGUUAUCUGUUUCACCGUCUCGCUGGGACGAAGCCGCUGUUCUCCAUGUCCUUCAUUAGAAAGAAGAGCUUUGUUUUUGUUUUGCUAUUAAUUGCCCUUAAAUAGGGUGCUGAAAUGACUCGGAGCGUUGCAUGGGGGAAUUGGCAAAUUUUCAAACAUCCGUUGCAUGCGAUGGUCUCUCCCUGCUAUCUAUCUAUCUAUCUAUCUAUCUAUAUUUAUCUGUAUUCUCAAAAAAUUUUAUUGGUAUUCACAAUAUUAUAAACAAACAAACAAACACACAAGACAAACAAACAAAACAAAGAUAAAUCAUAGCCUUAUUAAAAAUUACAGUUACUAACUUUGUUAAGUGACUUCCUCGCUUCCCCUUGGUUGAAUUUCAUUGCAUAUCCUUUUAACGGUUUUCCAAAUCCCAAUUUUUAUGAAAUUUAACUUAAACAUUAACAUCCUUAAAUCUUCACCUUAUAGAAUUAAACAUAUUAAUUCAUCAUUUAACAUCAAUAAAAUCCUAAGCCCUUUAAGUAUCUGCAAGCUAUUUCCAGUUAGUUUAACUUAACAAAUUUAGCUAAAUAAUCAUUAAAUUUAUUCCAUUCUUCCUGAUACUCUUCCUCCUUCUGGUCGCAGACUCUUCCGGUCAGGUCGGCUGCUAAUUAUAAGACAAGUUGGGUUAAGCUUUGAACUGCAGGUGUCCAGAAACUCACCGCCUCAUUUCUGUCUUUUCUUUCGAGGCAAAUUUCACAGGGGUGAAACUCGGUUUGUGUGUAAAGGGGGGUGGAGGUCAAAAUAGCUUUUCAGUUCCACUUUUCAGUAAUGUUUCCUGAGCAGCUGCAACUUAUGAUGGUCCCUGACCCCCCCUUUGCAAGAUUCAGCGCUGGCCAACACCUCCCACCCCCCAAUGUUGCUAGACUGCAAGUCCCACAAUUCCUGACCAUUGGCCGUGUGGGCUGAUGGGAAUUGGGAGUCCAUGCAUCAUUGGGGGGGGGGGGAUAGAAGUUUUCCCUGACCCUCAUCUCAGGACAGGAGCACCUCUUGUAAACAGAGGCAUUCUCGCGUUUUCUUAGCUUGUUUCCUGAUACUCAAGAAAGGAGAUUCCGACGAAACAUUAGGAAGAGCUUUCUGGCGGCAAGAGUGGAACGGGCUGCUUCGGAAAGUUGGAGGUUUUUAAGCUGUCCGUCACAGGAUGCUUCAGCUGUGAUCCUGGCAUUUUGGGGGGUUCAGCUGGAUGACCCCUGGGAGGCCCCUUUCGCCUCUGCAAUUCUGUGAGAUCAGAGAGGGGGACCUGUGGCUUUGGGAUCGAGUCCGGCAAGCUCUAAAACGCAGCACAGCAGCGUGGGGAGAUCAUCUGCGCUACACUCCUUUUCAAAACCUCGAACGCAUUUGACAUUUCUGUUAGUUCUCGACGAAGAGCCGUUUCCAGAAAUAGGUUGACUCCGCAAGUUUGGCCAGAGUGGCUUGUGGCGGCGGGAGAUUUAUAUCUCUUCGUUUCUGGGGUGGCUUCUGUAAGCGAGCUUCACGGAAAGUGGGCUUAUCUCUGCUCUUCAGGCGACCAGCUUAAGAAACUGAUUAAAAAACAGAGCCUUCUUGGGCAAUAGUUCCUUUCCUAGAAGUCUUUGUAUUGGGCAAUUGUUCUGAAAAUCCUUUCCCCGCCGCUUCCAGUUUGGUUAAGGCAAGGUAGUACUUCAGUUUCCUCCUUUUGGUCCCUUUUUCUCAGAGAUUAUGUCUGCCUAGCUAAGGCAGGGAGGUUAUUUCCAGCUAGCAACAGUCCCCACAAAAUGGGGGGAGUAGCUGUGAUGGGUUCAUCGGUAAUACCCUGCCAGAACUCUCGCCCUCUGGUCCAAUACCAUCUGUACUAUAUUGCUCUGAAAAACCAAUAAAAAAAUGUGUUCGUGCUCUGCUUUUUAAAUUAAAAGAUACAUAAUCUGUACUGGCUUGACAGCAGUCACUCUCUGGCAGUCUUUGAAAUUUGCCAGGCCCCAGGCUCAUUUUGAACCUGGCUAUUGGCCACUUGACCACACGGGUGGCACUGUGGGUUAAACCACAGAGCCUAUGACUUGUUGAUCAGAAGAUCGGCAGCUCGAAUCCCCGCAAUGACGGGGUGAGCUCCUGUUGCUCGGUCCCUGCUCCUGCCCACCUAGCAGUUCGAAAGCACGUCAAAGGUGCAAGUAGAUAAACAGAUACCUUCUGGUGGGAAGGUAAACGGCGUUUCCAUGUGCUGCUCUGGUUCGCCAGAAGCGGCUUAGUCCUGCUGGCCACAUGACCUGGAAGCUGUACGCCGGCUCCCUCGGCCAGUAAAGCGAGAUGAGCGCCGCAACCCCAGAGUCAGCCACGACUGGACCUAAUGGUCAGGGGUCCCUUUACCUUUACCUUUUAUGGACCAAUUGCGACCAAGUGAAGAUGCCUGGGGAUCGUUGGAUCUUGACUGUUUUCACACACUAACGCCUCAUCCUGCAGAAUUCUGCCAGUUAUAUUUUACUUGCACAAUUGGAAUGAAUCUCAGGAACCAAAAUGCUUUUUCUGGGCAGCCUGAGCAGGAGCAGCGAACGGCGUUAUAGCAAAUUGUUGUCGCUUCUCUUCGUUUCCUCCCUGCUCACAGUUGUGCGGAAUAUCCCUACGUUAGGAAUGGUCCGUGUCACCAUUAAGAAAAAGACGGGAAUAGGCCAAUAUAGAUGUCGACUGCCCCUGGAUCAAGGGACUUUCCUUCAUAAAGUUCUCAGAGCUCUUAAACUAGCUCAGGGUUGUCCUCUGAACUAACCAGAUGAAAAUCAAAGUCUGUCCGACUUUUGAGCCUUCUCGCCCCAAAACGACAUUCCAUUUUGGCCACUAUAACCUUGGUUUAAGGAGCCAUUUGGCACCUAGCUGAUAUAUACAGCGGUACCUCGGGUUACAGACGCUUCAGGUUACAGAUGACUCCGCUAACCCAGAAAUAGUACCUCGGGUUAAGAACUUUGCUUCAGGAUGAGAACAGAAAUUGGUGCAGUGGCAGCGGGAGGCCCCAUUAGCUAAAGUGGUACCUCAGGUUAAGAACAGUUUCAGGUUAAGAACGGACCUCCGGAACGAAUUGCCAUGCCAAUGGUUGAUGCAUCGCUGAUGCAGUCUGGUGGAUUAUACAUUUUAUUUUUAAAAUUAGAUGGGAAUUAUCAGAAAGAUGCUAAGUCGUAACUUUUCCCUUUCCUCUUUCCCCCUGCAGGGUGCGGCUACGACCCUUACAACCCGGAGCUUCCCAAGCCCGUGCUGCAGAGCCGCAAUGGCUCCUUGGAGGAGAUCGCCGAGGCGGCGCCAGGCAUCCUGGAGCUCGAGCUGGUCAACAAGGCCAUCGAGGCCGUCAAGAACGAAGUCGAGCGAGAGCAAAAGAAGUACGAGGAGCUCUUGGGGACGGCGAAGGAGUACGGCUCUUCCGAGCCCCCGUCGCUGGUCUCCAAGGCCUCUGGGUCAGCAGCACCCAAGUCAUUCGCUGCCUUGGAAUAUAACCCCGGGGGCUACAGCACGGGCGGCAGUGCUGACUACAAUCCCACCCCUCUUGCGGUGGCCACUCCUAGCCGCUCCACUAAGUACACCUUAGAUUCCUUCGACAAGGCAAAAGGCAAGGGCAGCUCGCUGGAGUACGUCCCCACGGUGGUCACCCAGCCCAAGAAGUACAGUUGCGCCGUGGCCAAGAGCAAGUACACCCUGGACAACUCCAAGCCGUCCACGGACUUGGAAUAUGACCCUCUUUCGAAUUACUCCGCCCGGCUCCUGAGCAAAGCCAAAGAGCAGAGAGGGGCCAAGAGGAAAAGGGAGGCCGACCCAGAGGAGGGGUAUUCGCCUUCUCCCAAGAAGCACUGCGACGCAGGGAGCGGCCCCGAGCCGGACGCCAGGUUCUCCGACUCGGAAGAGGAGUGCGAAGCGGCUCCCGUCUUCCCUCCGAAACCGAAAGGGGGUCCGGGAAGCAAGCCCGCAGACGGGAAGGGGUCCCCGCGGGCCGAUUCCCAUUCUCGGCAAAUGAAGGAGACGGCGGUGCAGUACGAUAUGGGGGACAUCGAGGGCGGCAUCAAGGGCUCGCCGGAGGAGGGCGAAAGGUUGGCCAAGGUGCCCCCCAAAAGGGACACGAGCGAGGGCAAGGGGGGCCCGAAGGAGAAGGUGAAGAAGAAGGCCGUUGGCGGCCAUGCGGCGGACGGCAAGAGGGAGCGUGGCAAGGCUGCGGACAAGGACAAGGCGGAAGCGAAGGCUCAGCGCAGGAAUGGAGAGAGGAGUAAGGAGAAGCGCGGCAAGCCCCACGCCGACGGGUGCUCGAGGAAGCAGGACGAACCCCCCAAGGCUGCAAAAGCGGGGAGCUCCGGCACGUGCAAGAAGGUCCCGCAAGGCCCCAGAGCAGAGAAGGUGGGUAGCGGGAAGAAACAUGGCAAGCUGAACCCGCCCGGGGUCUUGAGACCCAAGGCCGAGGCUUCGCAGGCUGAACGUAAAGACAAGCAGGGGAAGCGGCCCACCUCGAAGGGUCCCACGGAGAGCCCCAGAGCCAAGUGCAAGGCGAAACGGCGGGCUCUGAGCCACGCUGACCUCUUCGGGGAUGAGAGCGGGGACGAGGGGCAAGCGGGGCAGCCUCACCCCGUGGCCUUCCCGGACGUCAGCUCGGAUUCGGACCGAGACAACGACGGCUGCUUCCUUCCGCCCCGGGACAACGGGGUGGCGAAGCGCCCUAAGGCGCCCAAAGCUGCUCCUCCUCCUCCUUCCUCCUCCUCGUCUUCCUCUUCCGACGAGCUCGACUAUUCGGUUCUGGAGAGGGACGUGGACUUCGAGUCUGACCCGAUGGAGGAGUGCCUUCGGAUUUUUAACGAGUCGACCGACGUCAAGACAGAAGACAAAGGCAGGCUGGGGAAGCGGGUAAGAGGUUUGGGGGUAGGUAGGUUGAGAAGGGGACACGGGUGGCGCUGUGGGUUAAACCAAAGAGCCUAGGACUUGCCAAUCAGAAGGUCGGUGGUUCGAAUCCCCGUGAUGGGGUGAGCUCCCGUUGCUCUGUCACUGCUCCUGCCAACCCAGCGGUUUGAAAACAAGUCAAAGUGCAAGUAGAUAAAUAGGUACCACUACGGCGGGAAGGUAAAUGGCGUUUCCGUGCGCUGCUCUGGUUCGCCAGAAGCGGCUUAGUCCUGCCGGCCACAUGACCCGGAAGCUGUAUGCCGGCUCCCUUGGCCAAUAAAGCGAGAUGAGCGCCGCAACCCCAGAGUCGGCCACGUCUGGACCUAACGGUCAGGGGUCCCUUUACCUUUACCUUUAGGUUGGGAAGAAAGCCCCUCUGGCUCCGCUCCAACUUAACCCAGGUGAGGCUGCUUUGUGGGGGGGUCGUACUCCCUUAAUUCUUUUGAGUUUAGCUAUUCCGAGUGAAACGUAAAAACGGGAGGUGUUUCUGUGGCCAAUACCCAUUUGCUCGGACCCUUUUGUAGAAUCAGAAUCAUAUAAUUUUUAAGAGUUGGAACGGGUCACCAGGGUCACCUAGCUGUACCCCAUGCAAUGUAGGAAUCUUUCGGCCAAGGUGGGAUUCGAACUCAUUACCCUGGGAUUAAGAGUCGCUUGCUGUACUGCCUGAACUACCCACAGCCUUUUCAAGGCUAAGGGUGAUUUAUCGCAGAAAUAGUAGCACUGAGCAUCAUGGUGGAUUUGACUUAAAUCACUAGUCAGUAAGACUUGAUUUAAAAUGUUUUUUUACAGAGAGACUCAUUCUUGCUGGUAUCAUCUUAAUAUUUAUAACCAGGUGAAGGUUUCAAGUGCAACUGCAGGCCAGGAGGUUGCGAGGCGAGGGCCGUCCUGUGCGGCGGGGCUUUCUGAGAAAGCAGCUUCCAGUUUGUCACGCAAGGGCAUGGGUAGGCAACCUAAGGCCCGGGGGCUGGAUGCGGCCCAAUCGCCUUCUCAAUCUGGCCCUCGGACGGUCCGGGAACCAGCGUGUUUUUACACGAGUAGAAUGUGUCCUUUUAUUUAAAACAUACCUCUGGGUUAUUUAUGGGGUAUAGGAAUUUGUUCAGUUUUUUCCCCCAAAAUACAGUGGUACCUCAGGUUACAUACGCUUCAGGUUACAGACUCCGCUAACCCAGAAAUAGUGCUUCAGGUUAAGAACUUUGCUUCAGGAUGAGAACAGAAACCGUGCUCCGGCGGCAGCGGUGGGAGGCCCCAUUAGCUAAAGUGGUGCUUCAGGUUAAGAACAGUUUCAGGUUAAGUACAGACCUCUGGAACAUAUUACCGUAUUUUUCGCCCCAUAGGACGCAGCUUUCCCCCUCCAAAAAUGAAGGGGAAAUGUGUGUGUGUCCUAUGGGGCGAAUGCAGGCUUUCGCUGAAGCCUGGAGAGCGAGAGGCAUCGGUGCGCACCGACCCCUCUCGCUCUCCAGGCUUCAGGAAGCUAUCCGCAAGCCUUGCAAGCCCGGUGGGAGUUCCCUGCGGGCUCACAAGGCUUGCGGGCAGCAGCCUGCAGCCCCGGCGAGUGUCUGCAAGCCUUGCGCGCCCGGCAGAAGGUCCCGCUGGGUGCGCGAGGCUUGGGGCGGCAGCCUGUCGCCCGAAGCACGGGGAGCCCUCCGGAGGGUGCCCCGUGCUUCGGGCAGGUGUGCACAAGGCUUGGGGUGGCAGCCGCGGCGGGGGGGGGGAAUAAUUUUUUAAAAUUCAUUUCCCCCCCCAAAAACGAGGUGCGUCCUAUGGGCCGGUGCGCCCUAUAGGACGAAAAACACGGUAAGUACUUAACCCGAGGUACCACUGUAUAGUCCGGCCCCCCACAUGGUCUGAGGGACGGUGGACCGGCCCACAGCUGGAAAAGGUUGCUGAUCCCUGUGCAAUUGCUUCUGCGAAGUGACUUACCGCCCCACAAAUCUUCUUCGUUUCGCUUUCGCUUCUGUUUGCGCUUCCCAGCAAAAUAUGCAAACGGUGGUGGAGCAGAAAGCAGUCGUUCCCUUUCGUUGACCCUCUCUCUUUUUAUCCCCUGCCUCCCUCUCUCUCUCUCUCUCUCUCUCCCCGCCCCCCAUCAGCCGUCGAAAGAGGAAGGGUCCGAGGAAAAGCCGGCCGAAGACUGUCUAACCACGCUCUUUCCUGGCCAGAAGCGAAGGAUCUCCCACGCGACGAAGCCAGGGAACGUAAGUGGAUAGCGGGGGAGAGCGAGAGCAUCAGAAAACCCUUAGCAGCAGCUGGAUCAUGGCCAAAGAUACCGGGUUUACCGUAUCGGCCUAAAUGUAAACCUCACUCUUCCCACCCCCCUCCAAAUUCCGACCGCGAAAAGUCGAAGCUUAAAUCCGCCGCCUUACGAAAACGGGCUUUUACGAUACCGCUGCUGAAAUAGACAUACAUUUUGGAAUUAUACAUUUUCAGAGUAGUUUUUAUGGUUAUAUCAAGAAUUACUGAUUUGGCUCUACUGUUAGAAGUACGGAUCGUUAUGAAAUUGCUGUGAGGUUUUUAUAAGUUAACUGCUUAUAUUUGGGCAACUUUUCUGCUGUGCUUUAUUGCCAGGAGAAAAACAGAUCAUUUCCUUAGCAACAGUUUGAACGAUUCAUUUAACUAAGACAGUAACAUCGUAGCAUAUGUAUCCAUGUUUGUUAACUGAUGCGGUUAAACAAUUAAAAACAAAACGAAAAGCUUAGAGGGAGUUUUAGUACACAUGAAAAAUGGAAAACAAAUCCUUAUUUCCUUAUUGGGCUAAAAUAGCAAAUCUUUAGCAGGAUUUUUCCUCCGAAAGCAUUUUAUUUUAAAAAUCUGAUUUAAAUUUUAAAAAUCUGAUUUAAAUUUUAAAAAAUCCGAUUUAAAUAAUUAAAAAAUCUGAAUUUUCUUUUUCUUUUUAAAAUACAACAUUGAUUUUUCUCCACCCUGCUCUGAGUAUUCAGAUUUGCUGGGGUUCUGAAUGUCGUCAUCGGGUCUCAGGCUGCCGUCAGCCUCAAGGCAGCAUAGCCCAAUGGUCACAGACAACGAGAGAGUCCAGCAAUGCACAGAAGGCCGUAGGUUCCCUUCCUGAGAGAGGGGAACACAUUAUUAUUAUUAUUAUUAUUAUUAUUAUUAUUAUUACAUUGCCCUGGUCUCUGAACACUCCCUGUGGGAUCAGCAGCAUGAUGUCUCUGAACGUCAAUUGCUGGGGGGUCACUGCUUGGGAUAGAAUCAUAGAAUAGAAUCCUAGAAUCCUAGAGUUGGAAGAGACCCCAAGGGCCAUCGAGUCCAACCCCCUGCCAAGCAGGAAACACCAUCAGAGCACUCCUGACAUAUGGUUGUCAAGCCUCUGCUUAAAGACCUCCAAAGAAGGAGACUCCACCACACUCCUUGGCAGCAAAUUCCACUGUCGAACAGCUCUCACUGUCAGGAAGUUCUUCCUAAUGUUGAGGUGGAAUCUUCUUUCUUGUAGUUUGGAUCCAUUGCUCCGUGUCCGCUUCUCUGGAGCAGCAGGAAACAACCUUUCUCCCUCCUCUAUGUGACAUCCUUUGAUAUAUUUGAACAUGGCUAUCAUAUCACCCCUUAACCUCCUCUUCUCCAGGCUAAACAUGCCCAGCUCUCUUAGCCGUUCCUCAUAAGGCAUCGUUUCCAGGCCUUUGACCAUUUGGGUUGCCCUCCUCUGGACACGUUCCAGUUUGUCAGUGUCCUUCUUGACCUGUGGUGCCCAGAACUGGACACAGUACUCCAGGUGAGGUCUGACCAGAGCAGAAUACAGUGGCACUAUUACUUCCCUUGAUCUAGAUGCUAUACUCCUAUUGAUGCAGCCCAGAAUUGCAUUGGCUUUUUUCUUCUUAGAUCAGGGGUGGGCAGCAAACCUUUGGCCCUCCCGAUGUCUUUGGACUCCAAGUCCCAUCAGCCCCCAGUGGCCACGGAUGCUGGGAUUUGUGGUGCAACAACACCCUCGCUACUGUGGAAUCUCCAUCUGUUUUCUCCUCCCUCCCCGGUUUCUCUUUACUGGAAUUUUCCGCUCUGGAGGGCUUUGUUUUUCACCCCGUGAAACGAAAUCAGAGAGCUCUUAAUGGCCCGAUGUUUGCGAGGUGCGUGCUGACCCCUUUUUCUCCCUGCCUUGCCACGAAAGCUUUGUUUUGACAAGUAAGGUCUGGUCAGCGCAAAUAAUGUCUUGUGCUUUUCGCCCAACCAUCCAUUAGUCGUCCCCCCCGCCUCCCCAGAUCUAACAGAGAGAUAAGGGACAUGGGUGAAAUGAGUUGGAAAUAGCGAAGCUCAAACAUUUCACUGUUCCUUAGCACCGCUGUACCCGGACUACCUCGCGAUGGGCUUGAGGCAGGCCAUGGGGAGAGAACAAAGGCGACCUUGCUGAGUACUGGGUGUAGCCCAUGUGGCGCUUGCCGGAUCGCAUCCCACUACAACAGGGGACAGCAACCUUUUUCAGCCGUGGGCCGGUCCACCGUCCCUCAGACCAUGUGGGGGGCUGGACUAUAUUUUUUUGGGGGGGGGGGGAAUGAACGAAUUCCUAUGCCCCACAAAUAACCCAGAGAUGCAUUUUAAAUAAAAGGACACAUUCUGCUCAUGUCAAAACACCAGGCAGGCCCCACAAACAACCCAGAGAUGCAUUUUAAAUAAAAGGACACAUUCUGCUCAUGUAAAAACACCAGGCAGGCCCCACAAAUAACCCAGAGAUGCAUUUUAAAUAAAAGGACACAUUCUGCUCAUGUAAAAACACCAGGCAGGCCCCACAAAUAACCCAGAGAUGCAUUUUAAAUAAAAGGACACAUUCUGCUCAUGUCAAAACACCAGGCAGGCCCCACAAAUAACCCAGAGAUGCAUUUUAAAUAAAAGGACACAUUCUACUCAUGUCAAAACACGCUGAUUCCCGGACCAUCCGCGGGCCGGAUUGAGAAGGCGAUUGGGCCACAUCCGGCCCCCGGGCCUUAGGUUGCCUACCCCUGCGUUAAAACAUGGACAGGAUUUUAACCCCACUUAGGUUGCCUGACCCUGCACUACAAAGCCCAUCCUCCAUCCCCAGUGGCUGAUGGGAGGUGGAGUCCCCGGACAUCUAGAGCCCUGUGCAAAUUUAGCCAGGCGCAUUUUGCAUAUAUAAUAAUAAUAAUAAUAAUUUUUAUUUAUACCCCGCCCUCCCCAGCCAAGGCUAGGCUCAGGGCAGCUAACAAGCAAUAAUAAAAACAAGUUGAAUGAAUACAACUUAAAAAAAGAAUAAAAUACAACAUUAAAAUAUUGAAACAUUAAAAUGUUAAAAUGCAGCCUCAUCACAGGAGGAGAAAGGAAAAAAGAAAGAGGGGGAGGGAAUCAAAUUGGCUCCAAGCCAAAGGCCAGGCGGAACAACUCUGUCUUACAGGCCCUGCGGAAAGAAAUCAGAUCCUGCAGAGCCCUGGUCUCAUGAGGCAGAGCGUUCCACCAGGCCGGAGCCACUGUUGAAAAGGCCCUGGGCUCUGGUUGAAGCUAAUCUAACUUCCUUAGGGCCCGGGACCACUAGGGUGUUGCUAUUUAUGGACCUUGAGGCUCUCUGUGGGGCAGGCCGGGAGAGGCGGUCCCGUAGGUACGAGGAUCCUAGGCCGUGAAGGGCUUUAAAGGUCAAAACCAGCACCUUAAAUCUGACCCUGUACUCCACCGGGAGCCAGUGCAGCUUGAAAAGCACUGGGUGAAUAUGCUCCCAUGGCAGAGACCCCGUGAGGAGCCUCGCUGCAGCAUUCUGCACCCGCUGGAGUUUCUGGGACAGCUUCAAGGGCAGCCCCGCGUAGAGCGAGUUACAGUAGUCAAGCCUGGAGGUGACCGUCGCAUGGAUCACUCUGGAUCAUUAAGUGGGUGGGGCUGACCUUCCUGCCCCUCCCUUUAUAAUUGGCUCAAACUCUGGCCUCGGUUUGCCGCCCCCGGUCUUGUCGGUGCCAACCAACCCCCUUCCUCUCCACGCAGGCUGAGGCCCCGACCAAGCCCGUCUUCCGUCCGUACCGGCCCCCGACGGCCCAAGAGGUGUGCUACCAGCGGAUCCAGCUGGCCCAGAAGCAGGCGGCCCAGCUGGCCCGGCAGCUGCCCCCCACACGGCCGUCUCCGGCACCCCCGAGAGCCUCCGUGGCGAUACACAAAGGGGAGAAGAAGAGGAUUGCUCACGUGCCCAACCCAGCAGUGUCCAAGUGCGGUAAGCGAGUGCUUCUGCUUCUCUGCUACAAGGGGUGGGGAAUCUGCUACAAGCCGGUGCUAUACCAGCUGCACUGGCUCCCGGUGGAGUACAGGAUCAGGUUUAAGGUGCUGGUUUUAACCUUCAAAGCCCUAUACGGCCUAGGACCCUCGUACCUACGGGACCGCCUCUCCCGGUAUGCCCCACAGAGGAACUUACGGUCUUCAAACAAAAACAUCUUGAAGGUCCCAGGCCACAGAGAGGUUAGGCUGGCCUCAACCAGAGCCAGGGCCUUUUUGGUGCUGGCCCCGACUUGGUGGAACGCUCUGUCCCAAGAAACUAGGGCCCUGCGGGACUUGACAUCUUUCUGCAGGGCCUGCAAGACAGAGCUGUUCCGCCUGGCCUUUGAUCAGGGCGCAGCCUGACUCCCUCCUUUGGCAAUCUUCACAAAACUUUAGUUUAUGGUUGCCAUCAAUUUUGAUUUUAAUUAAUUUUUAUAAUGUUUUUAUAAUGUUGCACUAUUUUAGUGUUGUUAGCCGCCCUGAGCCCGGCUUCGGCUGGGGAGGGCGGGAUAUAAAUAAAAUUUAUUAUUAUUAUUAUUAUUAUUAUUAUUAUUAUUCCUUUCUGAGUGACAGGCCUAUUUCAACAUCUGGUAGAGCAUGGUGUUUUGUUUUUUGUUUGUGUAAUGGUCACACAUGCUUUGGGAGGACACCCCCAUGUUAAGCUUCGAAGUGAUGGCGACUGUUCUGUGUUUCCUUAAAAUGCGGAGUGCCCUUCAGGGUUAAAGAAAGAGAAGAAUGCUGCAAAAAGUAUAAAGAUAGAGGUAAUCUACAUUAAGGUAAAGGGACCCCUGACCAUUAUAAUAAUAAUACAAUAAUAAUAAUUUAUUAUUUGUACCCCGCCCAUCUGGCUGGGUUUCCCCAGCCACUCUGGGCGGCUUCCAUAGAAACCAAAAAUACAAUACAUUAGGUCCAGUCGUGGCCGACUCUGGGGUUGCGGCGCUCAUCUCGCUUUACUGGCGUACAGCUUCCGGGUCAUGUGGCCAGCAGGACUAAGCCGCUUCUGGCGAGCCAGAGCAGCGCACGGAAACGCCGUUUACCUCCACUGUGGGAUAAACCACAGAGCCUAGGACUUGCCGAUCAGAAGGUUGGUGGUUCGAAUCCCUGCGACAGGGUAACCUCCCGUUGCUUGGUCCCUGCUCCUGUCAACAAAUCUACAUUAGACACAACAAUUUAGAAAGAGUAAAAAUUUCAAGGUCUUAGAACAAAGGAAGGAAGUCAAUAUGUGUAUACGUACGUAACAAUUAGAAUGAUGAUAUGGUUUUAUUUGUAGAUGUGUGUUUUUGUUUUUUGUUUUGUUUUCCUCCCUCAUGUUUUGUUUUGCUUGUUUGUACUGUUUUAUUUUGGAUUCAAUGUUUGUGAUUUUUGUUGUAAUUUUGCCUGUGGGUUAAACCACAGAGCCUAGGGCUUGCCGAUCAGAAGGUCGGCGGUUCGAAUCCCCGCGACGGGGUGAGCUCCUGUUGCUCGGUCCCUGCUCCUGACAACCUAGCAGUUCGAAAGCACGUCAAAGUGCAAGUAGAUAUAGGUACCGCUCCGGCGGGAAGGUAAACGGCGUUUCCAUGCGCUGCUCUGGUUCGCCAGAAGUGGCUUAGUCCUGCUGGCCACAUGACCCGGAAGCUGUAUGCCGGCUCCCUCGGCCAGUAAAGCGAGAUGAGCACCGCAACCCCAGAGUCGGUCACAACUGGACCUAGUGGUCAGGGGUCUCUUUACCUUUUACCUAACACAUGUUUUGGGAGGACACCCCCGUCUUAAGAUUCAAAGUGAUUGCAACUGUUCAAUGUUUCCUUAAGAAAAUGCGGAGUGCCCUGAUGGGAUCUGCGGGAUCCACUCUAGCUCCAUUCUGCCCACCUCAGCCCUGAUCUCUCCCAAUUGUUCACCCAAUAAUCAUCCCACUGAUGCCAACAAUCAGUGGGGUUUUCCGCAGUCCCUUUGCCGCGUUGGGUUCUGUUCGUCUUCCCCCUUAUCUUGCGCCAGUUUAAGUAAACAUUGCAUUCCAUUCCCACGCUGUUUCCAGUUUCACUUUUACAGCCGACGCCACACGGACAGGACAGAGAGGUAAGAGUAAUAUAAAACGAUUAUUAUUAUUAUUUUUUAAGAAGCAGGAGCGACCUCAUCCGUGGUGUGAACUUUCGUUAAUUACAGAGAAACAGGAUAAGCUUUUUUCUUUGCUUUGUUUUUCCUUGCCUGUUAAAAUUAACGCUUCUUCUUUACGCCGGCAGCCAAUUUGCGUUGCGGGUGAGAAUUACCGUAUUUUUUGCUCUAUAAGACUCACUUUUUCCCUCCUAAAAAGCAAGGGGAAAUGUGUGUGCGUCUUAUGGAGCGAAUGCAGGCUGCGCAGCUAUCCCAGAAGCCAGAACAGCAAGAGGGAUUGCUGCUUUCACUGCGCAGCGAUCCCGCUUGCUGUUCUGGCUUCUGAGAUUCAGAAUAUUUUUUUUCUUGUUUUCCUCCUCCAAAAACUAGGUGCAUCUUGUGGUCUGGUGCAUUUUAUAGGUGAAAAAUACGGUAAUCUGCAGGGAUAUCGCUUCAGUUGUAAUUAGUUCCAGUCUCAAAAAAGAGUUAAAAGGAGGGAGGUUUUGCUGACCUGAUGCCCUAAGGGGGCGAACCUUGAGGAUUAUUAUGCAGUGUCUGUCCGCGAUGGCGGUCACUCUCACUACGAGAUAGUCCUCCGUAUCCGAAAACAGCUUCUGCCUCCGGUGUGACGAACGGCUCCUUGAGAGCAUAGGAGGCGAAUCCCAUUUAAUCUCCCUGUCUGAACAGGGAGAGAGUAUGUCACCAGGAUCUUCGCCCUGGGUAUCAUAAAUUGCUGCGUAGUUAUCUCUCUUGGCAUGGCAGACGAUAACUAGUCAGGCGCCUCUAUUCCCCGAAGGAGACAUUAUGGAAGUUUCCAAAAUUGCAGGGGGGCGGGAUGCAUAGAGAAAAGUUUUGUGUUCCUCUCUCGUUUUUUAUUAUUAUUUGAUUUUAAAAAGUAUAAUCAUAAAACAACAAAAAAUUCAAGAUCCAACUAUCGAGAUUGCUCUGAAUCUCCUGACUUCUGCACAUCUCCCUUCCCUGGGUCCUAACGAUAAUAUUUACAACUUCAUAUCAACACUUACCCAAAUUUUUAUCCUUCCAAAUUAUCCAUACUUUACAAGUGUGGUUACAAUCCUGCCCAUGUUUUAACCCAGGGGUAGGCAAACUAAGGCCCGUGAGCCGGAUGCGGCCCAAUCGACUUCUCAAUCCGGCCCACGGUCAAUCCAGGAAUCAGCAUGUUUUUACAUGAGUAGAAUGUGUCCUUUGAUUUAGAAUGCAUCUCUGGGUUAUUUGUGGGGCAUAGGAAUUCGUUCAUUUCCCCCCAAAAAAUAUAGUCCGGCCCCCCACAAGGUCUGAAGGAGGGUGGACCGGCCCACGGCUACCGAUGUAUUGAUUGAUUGAUUGUGUGACGGCAGUAUACUGUUUAUUGCUUUCAUUUUAUGGAUCAGUGGUCUGGUUAGAUAGUAAAAUUCAUGCUAAAUUACUGUUUUAGGGGUUGUUUUUAAAAGUCUGGAACGGAUUAAUCCGUUUUGCAUUACUUUCAACUGGAAAGCGAGCUUUGGUUUUGGAACGCCUUGGUUUUCGAAUGGAAUUUGCGGAACGGAUUAAGUUUGAGAACCAAGGUACCACUGAAUGGGUUUAGCUCUAGAAGUUGCCCUGUUAGGUUUAUCUUGUUUUCUUCUUGCUUGUCCCCCAUCCCCAUGUGUUCCCAGCCCUAGGAGGCCUCAAGAAAACCGCUUCGCCCGGGAGCAAGGGGUCUUCCAACGGGGCCGAAGCCCUGUCCCUGAAAGCCCGCACGCUCGCCGGGAUGGCGUCCAAGACGACCAACACGAAUGUCCCCAAAAGGAUAGCCCACGCUCCCACACUGCAGGUACAGAUUCUCUCCACUGCCUGCCCCCCCCAGAAUUGCUUCACAAGGGAGCACGCAGAACGCGGAGGGCAGACUGUUUUCUGUGUCUUGCCCGGGCUUCUGUCAGAGAUGGGUUGUGAAAUGCGCUGGGUUGCAUAGAAUUGUAGAUAGGCAUCGUUGGAAGUAGUGAGGUGAGAAUAGGGCUUUCAAGGUCAGCACCAACACUUUGAAUUGUGCUAGGAAAUGUACUGGGAGCCAGUGGAGAUCCUUUAGGACCGGUGUUAUAUGGUCUCGGCAGCCGCUCCGAGUCACCAGUCUAGCUGCCGCAUUCUGGAUUAGUUGCAGUUUCCGGGUCACCUUCCAAGGUAGCCCCACGUAGAGCACAUGGCAGUAGUCCAAGCGGGAGAUAACCAGAGCAUGCACCACUCUGGCGAGACAGUCUGCGGGCAGGGAGGGUCUCAUCCUGCGUACCAGAUGGAGCUGGUAGACAGCCGCCCUGGACGCAGAAUGGACCUGCGCCUCCAUGGACUCCCAGGCUGUGCGGCCUCUGCCUGGCUCCCUGCACAACCUCUCGUCUCGCAGGGAGGGAACCGCCAGAAGGCCCUCAGGAGAUGGAGCCCGGUGUCCGGGCAGAACGAUGGGGGUGGAGACGCUCCUUCAGGUCUACUGGGCCAUUUAGGGCUUUCAAGGUUGGCACCAACACUUUGAAUUGUGCUUGGAGACAUCCUGGGAGCCAGUGUAGGUCUUUCAGGACCAGUGUUAUAUGGUCUCGGCAGCCACUCCCAGUCCCCAGUCUAGCUGCCGCAUUCUGGAUUAGUUGCAGUUUCCAGGUCACCUUCAAAGGGAGCCCCACGGAGAGCACAUGGCAGUAGUCCAAGCGGGAGAUAACCAGAGCAUGCACCACUCUGGCCAGACAGUCUGCGGGCAGGGAGGGUCUCAGAUGGAGCUGGGAGACAGCUGCCCUGGACACAGAUUUGACCUGCCCCUCCAUGGACAGCCGGGAGUCCAAAAUGACUCUCAGGCUGUGUGACCUCUGCCUAGCUCCCUGCACAACCUCUCUUCUCGCUGGGAGGGGACCGCCAGAAGGCUCUCGGAGCUGGACCCCGGUGUCCGAGUUGAACGGUGAGGGUGGAGAUGCUCCUUAGGUCAGGAGAGGGACUGUCUGGCAGCGCUUUCUGAGGUUGCCAAACCACAGUCCCCAUCCUCACCUCACCGUUGUCCAGGCUGGAACCUAGAAGGCAGUUGUUUUUUCAAACCCUGUUGGAAAUCACUUUAGCCCUUGUGCCCUUGUGCGGCAAAGUCCAGUAUCUCAACCGUGUGCCUUAAUAAUAAUAAUACAGUGGUGCCUCGCAAAACGAAAUUAAUUCGUUCUGCGAGUUUUGUCGUCUUGCGAUUCUUUUCGUCUUGCGAAGCACGGUGUCGGGAAAGUUUUGGAAAAGCUUCAAAAAUCACCAAAGUCUUUAAAAACCUCAAAAAAGGCUACCACACCGCGUUCUAUGAGUUGCUCCUCGAAGUCAAGUCGCAACUGUAUUAACGGUGUUAAGAAAAGGGAAACAAACUUGCAAGACGUUUCCGUCUUGCGAAGCAAGCCCAUAGGGAAAAUCGUCUUGCGAAGCAGCUCACAAAACAAAAAACCCAUCGUCUAGCGAGUUUUUUGUCUUGCGAGGCAUUCGUCUUGCGAGGUACCACUGUAAUAAUAAUAAUUUAUUAUUUAUACCGCGCCCAUCUGGCUGGGUUUCUACAGCCACUCUAUUUGUUUAAUAACCUAUUAAACAUUAAAAGCUUCCCUAAAGAGGGCUGCCUUCAGAUGUCUUCUAAAAGUUUGGUAGUUGUUGUUCUCUUUGACAUCUGGUGGGAGGGCAUUCCACAGGGCGGGCGCCACCACCGAGAAGGCCCUCUGCCUGGUUCCCUGUAACUUGGCUUCUCACAGUGAGGGAACCGCCAGAAGGCCCUCGGAGCUCAGUGUCCAGGGAGCCUUCAGCUCCCCUUCAUUCCACAUGUAUUUGUUCAGUACAUUCAUAGGCCACAGUUCUCCUCCCCGCCCCUCUUUCAUCUUCACAACAGCCUUGCGAGGUAGGCUGGGCCCAAGAUGACUGCUUAGCCCCCCAAGGUCACCCAACAUGACCGAGCGUGAGGAUCUGAACCCAGGUCUCGCGGGCCAGUCGCACAUGCCGGAGCCCCACAGAUCCCAGUAGCCUGUCAGGAAAAGGGGCGGGCGAUGCGUCGGCCGAAUUCCUCCGGCGAAUCUCUCCUCUUCCCCCUCCUUGUCGCUUCCGCAGAGUGCUACUUUGAAAAGACCAGUGAUCCCCACGGAGUUCGGGGCAAAGGUCCCCAUCAACAUCCGGCAGAGAUACCUCAACCUCUUCAUCGACGAGUGCCUGAAGUCGUGCAGCUCGCAGCAGGAAGCGUUCGACAAGGUUUGUACCUUUGAGGAAUAAUAAUAAUAAUUUAUUAUUUAUACCCCGCCCAUCUGGCUGGGCUUCCCCAGCCACUCGGAGGGGCGGCUUCCAACAAAAUAUUAAAAUGCAGUAAUGCCUCAAACGUUAAAAGCUUCCCUAAAGAGGGCUGCCUUCAGAUGUCUUCUCAAAGUCUGGUAGUAGUUGUUCUCUUUGACAUCUGGUGGGAGGGCGUUCCACAGGGCAGGUGCCACCACCGAGAAGGCCCUCUGCCUGGUUCCCUGCAACCUCACUUCUCGCAGGGAGGGAACCGCCAGAAGGCCCUCGGCGCUGGACCUCAGUGUCCAGGUAGAACGAUGGGGGUGGAGACGCUCCUUCAGGUAUACUGGACCGAGGAGCAGGGGGGUUUAUUUGGGGUGGGGUAUGGAAAGAAUUCUGGAUGCUUAAGAGCUUGCCGCUCAUUUACGGGAAGCCCAUCAGCCUGUGCCCAACCGCUGCACCUCUUGAGUGACUUUCUUCUGCAUCACAGCUCCCGUCGUUCUCCGCCUUGGCUGUGUUGGCUCAGGCUGAUGGGAAUUAUAGUCCAAAUUAUCUGUUAAGACCUAGGAUUGCUGGGAGGAAGAGCUGGAAACUGAGUGAGCACAAUCGACCAUCUUUCUUGACAUAUAUUUUUAUUUGCCACUUUUUACACCAACGCGUCUCAAAUAGACUUGGGAGUAGAAUCACAGAAUGGUAGAGUUGGAAAGGGACCCUCAGGGAUCAUCCAACCCAACCCCCUUGCAAUGCAGGAAUCUCAGCUAAAGCAUCCAUGACAGAGGGCUGCCCAACCUCUGCCUAAAGGCUUCCAAGGGAGGAGAGUCCACCACCUCCGUCCCACGGUUGAACAGCUCUUACUGCCAGAGAGUUUUCCCAAAUAAUUUAGUUGGAAUCUCCUUCCUUGUGUAUCUCGAAGCCACGGGUUCGAGUCCUACCCUCAGGAGCAGGAAAAAACAAGCUUGCCCCCUCUUCCACGCGACAACCCUUCAGAUAUCGGAAGGUGGCUCUCCUAUCUCCUUCAGGCUAAACGUACCCAGCUCCUUCAACCGUUCCUCAUCAGGCUUAGUUUCCAGACCCCUUGACUGCAUAUUUUAAUAUCUAGGAAAUAAUAACAGGAAACAGGAAACAUAGGAACAUACUACCAUAUGUGGUGGUCCUGUCUAGAGAUACAAAGAUUUUGGAACAUGAUUUAUGAAGAGCUAAAGAGAUUGAUAAAAACUACAUUUAGCAAGAAACCGGAAGAAUUUUUACUAGGAAUGAUUUCAGAUAAUAUUCCCAAAAACAAAGCUAGGCUAUUUAUGUAUGCAACGUCAGCGGCAAGGGUUAUGGUGGCAAAACACUGGAAAGAUAAAAAUACACCCACUAAAGAGGAAUGGGUAGUCAAAUUGUGCGAGUACUUGGAGCUCGCAAUAAGAGAUAAACCUAAAAAAUUGGUGAAAGAAGAAUGGGAAUGUUUAAAUAAUUAUUUAGGGGACAAGGGUUCAGCAAGAAAGAUCUGGCUAUGUUUAGAAUGAUACCGCAUAGAGAAAUGUUCCCUUGAUACCAAGAUGAGGGAUUCCUUUGGAAUGCAGGUAGAGGUAAUUGAUAAGAAUAAUGAUCUGUUGUGAGCUUGACGGAAGUGUACAAUAGAUGAGCUUUUGUGCUUUGGCUCAUCUUCCUUUUUCUUUUUCUUUUCCCCCCUAUUUUCCUUUUAUCUUUCCCAUAGUUGCUUAUGUUCUGUGUCAUGUACUUUGAUAUUUUUUUUAGCUUUUUUCAUUACUAUUAAGGAAUUUUCCUUUGUAAUUUUGGUUGUCUAUAUUUAUAUGUACCUGUUUAAAGCAAAAUAAAAGUUAAAACAACAACAACAACAGGAAACAAAACCAGAAGUAAGCACUAGAGAACAUAAAGAACAUAAAAAUCCUCACCCGUGGAGAUACGUAGAAAGGUGAAGUCCUUACACUUCACCAGCAAACAGAUGAGCUUUCUGGCCCUUGCAGCUCCCUUUCUUUGCACCUUCCCUUGAGUGCUUUUUGCCUGGCUGGCAAUGUUCCCUGGCUGGAGGAGAGAGAGAGAACGAGAGAGUCUAGGUUCGUGUUUGAGCGAGCCACCUGCAGAAACGAAGCCCGUUUUGCAGAGGGCGGUAUUUAUUCAGUGUGGUGUAGUGGUUAAGAGCGGUGGACUCGUAAUCUGGUGAACCGGGUUCGAUUCCCCGCUCCUCCACAUGCAGCUGCUUGGUGACCUUGGGCCAGUCACGCUUCUCUGAAGUCUCUCAGCCCCACUCACCUCACAGAGUGUUUGUUGUGGGGGAGGAAGGGAAAGGAGAUUGUUAGCCGCUUUGAGACUCCUUAGGGUAGUAAUAAAGCGGGAUAUCAAAUCCAAACUCUUCUUCUUAUUCAUUCAUUUCUCCUGCCAACGAUGUCCUGUCCGCAGGCCCUGGCGGAGGAGAAGGUGGUCUACGACCGCAGCACCAGCCGCAACAUCUACCUGAACGUGGCGGUGAAUACCCUGAAGAAGCUGCGCAGCGCCCUUCCCAGCCCCGCGCACGAUGCUCGCAGUGCGUAUCUUUUCUUGCUUGCUUCUUUUGUAAGAUUAUUAUUAUUAAGGUAAAGGGACCCCUGACCGUUAGGUCCAGUCGUGGCCGACUCUGGGGUUGCGGCGCUCAUCUCGAUAUACUGGCCAAGGGAGCUGGCGUACAGCUUCCGGGUCAUGUGGCCAGCAGGACUAAGCCGCUUCUGGCGAACCAGAGCAGAGCACGGAAACGCCGUUUACCGGAGCGGUACCUAUUUAUCUACUUGCACUUUGACGUGCUUUCGAAGUGCUAGUUUGGCAGGAGCAGGGACCGAGCAACGGGAGCUCACCCCGUCAUUGCGGGGAUUCAAACCGCCGACCUUUUGAUCGGCAAGUCCUAGGCUCUGUGGUUUAACCCAUAGCGCCACCCGCGUCCCUUUUUAUUAUUUAUUUAUUUAUUUAUUUAUUCAUUCAUUCAUACAUACAUACAUACAUACAUACAUGCCCCACCUAUCUGGCUGGGUUUCCCCAGCCACUCUGGGCAGCUUCCAACAAAAUACUAAAAUACAAUAAUUCAUCAAAUGUUAGAAGCUUCCCUAAACAGGGCUGCCUUCAGAUGUCUUCUAAAAGUCAGGUAGUUGUUUAUUUCCUUGACAUCUGACGGGAGGGUGUUUCACAGGGUGGGCACCACCACCAAGAAGGCCCUCUGCCUGGUUCCCUGUAACCUCGCUUCUUGCAGGGAGGGAGCCGCCAGAAGGACCUGGGAGCUGGACCCCGGUGUCCGGGCCAUUGGGAAACAACAGACCUAACUUAGCCGUGCUCAUUCAUUUCAGUGGGCCUGCUCUGAGCUACGGCCUGCUAACUGCAUCCGAUCCACGGGUGGUUGCGCAGAAAUUUGCGGACUCGAGCGUCCCUGGCUGGAGCCUGCUUUCAGAAACACUAACGUGCCCAUUUCGUACCCGGCUCCUUUUCCCCCUUCCCAGGGAUUGGCAACCGGAAGCUGGUGUCUCACGAGGCCAUGCUGGGAGGCAAACUGGCAGCCAAGACCAGCUUCACCUUGAACCGCUCUGCGGCCGCUCAGUUGCGGGCAGAGGACCUGAAAGGUAGGCUCCUCUUUGUGUCUUCUCUGUGUGUGUAUCUGUGUCUGUGUCUGCGACCCCUUCCUUUCUGCCUUAUUAGGACCUCGGGGCGUUUAAUCCCUAAAUCCAGAGUGAGGUAAAAAGAUAAAGGGACCUCUGACCAUUAGGUCCAGUCGUGGCCGACUCUGGGGUUGCGGCGCUCAUCUCGCUUUACUGGCUGAGGGAGCCGGCGUACAGCUUCCGGGUCGUGUGGCCAGCAGGACUAAGCCGCUUCCGGCGAACCAGAGCAGCGCACGGAAACGCUGUUUACCUUCCUGCCGGAGCGGUACCUAUUUAUCUAUUUGCGCUGGUGUGCUUUCGAACUGCUAGGUUGGCAGGAGCAAGGACUGAGCAACGGGAGCUCACCCCGUCGCGGGGAUUCGAACCGCCGACCUUCUGAUCGGCAAGUCCUAGGCUCUGUGGUUUAACCCACAGCUCCACCCGCAUCCCUAAAGGUAAAGCUACCCCCUGACCAUUAGGUCCAGUCGUGGCCGACUCUGGGGUUGCGGCGCUCAUCUCGCUUUACUGGCCGAGGGAGCCGGCGUCCAGCUUCCAGGUCAUGUGGCCAGCAGGACUAAGCCGCUUCUGGCGAACCAGAGCAGCGCACGGAAACGCCAUUUACCUUCCCGCCAGAGUGGUACCUGUUGAUCUACUUGCACUUUGACGUGCUUUCGAACUGCUAGGUUGGCAGGAGCAGGGACCGAGCAGAACACCGCAAAACCUUUGCGAUCCCUCUGAAACCGGGAGAGCAGGGGCUAACGUCUCUGCUCAGCCGGUUUUAUUUGAGCCAGCUGAUCUCUUUGCAAUCCUCAGGGGCCUCCCUCUACCGCCGGCUCAAGGAGUACGUGUUGACGGAGGAGGACCUGAAGGAGCACGGGUACCCCCUGCCGUGCCCCGAGACGUCGGGCCGUGCCGUUGUCUUCAAUGCGGAGGAGAAGAAAACGACCGACGGUAAGCUCCGUGGGGAGAGGGGAGAGGCCCACGAGGGCUUCUGGCUUGGCGAUCCUCAUAUAGUACCGAUCCGUUGCAUUUAUAACCCCUCCUGUGUCGUUUUCCACCUCCUCGCUUUAUCGCCAGCGACAACCCUGGGAGGUAGGUUGGGCUGAGAGCCAGUGACCAGCCCCCAGGUUCACCCACUGAGCGGGGAUUUGAAGCCCAUAAAAACAGGGGUUUUUCACCCUUUGCAAAGUGAGCUCAACAACUUUGAGCUGAUUCUCAAAAAACCCCGAGGCUUUUCCCCUUUGCAAAAGAAGCUACACAACUUUGAGCUGAUUUCCCCCAGAAAACAGGGCUUUCCCCCUUUCUUCCUCUAAAAACUAGAUGCGUCUUAUGGUCAGGUGCGUCUUAAUGGCACAAAAAAUACGGCAAUUCAUUGAAUUUCUCUCUCUCUUUCUCCCUCCCCCAAAUUUCUAGGCUCUUGCAGAGUUUGCUGCCGCUGCGGCACUGAGUACAUGGUGACUCCGUCUGGGAACUGCGUCCGCAAGGAGGAAUGCGUCCACCACUGGGGGAAGUUGCGCAAGCAGAGAGGUAGAGCGUUGCAUUUGAGUUCCUUUUCCCCCCGCAACUCAUCCUUCCUCCGCAGGAGCUCAAAAGAAGUGGGUGUUUGCGGCGGUUUGCAUCUUCUGUCCAUGCUCGGCCUCCCUGCGCCACUCCGUCUUCGCAACAACCUGUGAGAAUUGCGCAGAGCUGCUGCUUCUCGUGGCUUGGGAGUGGGGACCCUGAGCGUCAUCCAGCCCAACCCCCCCUCGCAAUGCAGGAAUCUCAAAGCAUCCACGACGGACCCAACCUCCGCUUAUAAACCUCCGAGGAAGGAGAGUCCACAACCUCCCGUAUUUCGUAGAAUUUCUACACCGCCUUGGUUGUAAAAGCUGUUCUACCCCCCUAAAAAAAAACCUCAAAAGGGUUUCCGAAGAGAAUAGAACAGGCAUAGGCAAACUUGGCCCUCCAGUUGUUUUGGGGACUACAACUCCCAUCAUCCCUAACUAACAGGACCAGUGGUCAGGGAUGAUGGGAAUUGUAGUCUCAAAAGAUCUGGAGUUUGCCUAUGCCUGGAAUAGAAUAACCAAGUUAUUGGUCAAAACCAAAAAGGCUGUUUUGAACAUUCAGUGAAACGAAAUGAAAUCAGCAACAGGUUAAAGGAGACAUUGACAUUCUGCGUGUCUGUGCAGGCUUGCCUGAACGAAAAUGUUUUUCGCAGGCAUUGAAAAGAAUUCAGCGAACUUGAUCAACAGGCAGGCAGGCAGAGGUCCUGGGUUUAGAUCCCUCCGCAGACCCUGAAACUUGCCAAGUCGCAUUCUCUGAGGGUGGCCUACCGGGUAGGGCUGUUGUACAAGGCUGAAAACGGUUUGGUGUGGGGAAGGAAUACAUGGGCUUUGAGUGUUUUGAGACACUGAGGGGAUAGAACAAAUAUUUGUUGUUGUUUAGUCAUUUAGUGGUGUCCGCCUCUUCGUGACCCCCUGGACCAGAUCACGCCAGGCCCUCCUGUCUUCCACUGCCUCCCGCAGUUUGGUCAAACUCAUGCUGGUAGCUUGGAGAACACUGUCCCCCCAUCUCGUCCUCUGUGCCCUCCAUCUUUCCCAACAUCAGGGUCUUUUCCAGGGAGUCUUCUCUUCUCAUGAGGUGGCCAAAGUCUUGGAGCCUCAGCUUCAGGAUCUGUCCUUCCAGUGAGCACUCAGGGCUGAUUUCCUUCAGAAUGGAGAGGUCUGAUGAUCUUGCAGUCCAUGGGACUCUCAAGAGUCUCCUCCAGCACCAGAAUGUACCGGACCAAUUCAAUUCCCUGACCUAGUCAUUAUGCAGCUUCGACAAAGAGCCACGCUUUGAGCGUUGCUGUUUCCUCUUCCAUCCCUGGCGCCUUCCCCUUAUUUAUCUCAACCCUUUGGUUGUAAACAAUCAUCAUCGUUAUUAUUAUUAAUUUAAAACCUUUAGCGCUUGAGAGAAAGGCAGGAUGUAAAUAUUGCAAGUAAGGACAGCCUCUGCGUAUCGUUCAGCUGGUACCUUCUGGGAAAUGCCCUUCUGCUGAUUCCUAAGCCACAGUGUCCUCCUUACUCAACCUUUUCUCUCCCUUUCAGUUCCUGGUGGCUGGGAAACCCAUUACAACUGCUGUUCAGGAGCUGUGGGUUCCCCCGGGUGCCAAGUCGCAAAAGUAAGUAUUUUCAAAUUUCCUUGGUUUCCUUUUAUCUCGCCCGUCCUCCGUCACGGAGCCCCGGGGGUAGAAGCGUGGUUGUUAGAUCUAGGCGCGGGUCGUAGUUCACUGGUAGAGCUCCUGCCUUGCAGGCAGAAGGUCCCAGGCUCAGUCCUGCCCCCCUCCCAAUCCCCAGGUAGGACUGGGAAUGCUUAAAACCUUGGGGAGCCCUGCCGGUCCGUGUGAACGUCAGCUAGACCAGGUUGCUCACCGGAGCAAGACGGUUUGAGCAUCUUACUCCGAUCCCGGUCCGACUGCACUGGCUACCAAUUCGUUUCCGGGCCCAAUUCAAAGUGCUGGUUUCGACCUAUAAAGCCUUAAAUGGCUCAGGACCGCAAUACCUCAAGGACCGCCUCUUCCCAUAUGAACCUACCUGGACCCUGAGAUCAUCUUCCGAGGCCCUCCUUCGUGUGCCUCCUCCUCGGGAGGUCCAGAGGGUGGCAACACAAGAACGGGGCCUUCUCUGCAGUGGCUCCCCGUUUGUGGGAAUGCUCUCCACAGGGAGGUUCUCCUGGUGCCUUCAUUAUACACCUUUAGGCGCCAGGCAAAAACGUUCCUUUUUAACCAGGCCUUUGGUUGAUCUGUUUUGCAUCCUAUGCCCUUUUAAAAUGUGGGGUUUUUUUGGGGGGGCGUUAUUGGGUUGUUAGGGACGCAGGUGGCGCUGUGGGUUAAACCACAGAGCCUAGGACUUGCCGAUCGGAAGGUCGGCGGUUCGAAUCCCCGCAAUGACGGGGUGAGCUCCCGUUGCUCGGUCCCUGCUCCUGCCAACCUAUCAAUUCGAAAGCACGUCAAAGUGCAAGUAGAUAAAUAGGUACCGCUCUGGCGGGAAGGCAAACGGCGUUUCCGUGCACUGCUCUGGUUCGCCAGAAGCGGCUUAGUCCUGCUGGCCACAUGACCCGGAAGCUGUACGCCGGCUCCCUCGGCCAAUAAAGCGAAAUGAGCGCCGCAACGCCAGAGUCGGCCACGACUGGACCUAAUGGUCAGCGGUCCCUUUACCUUUACUUUAUUGGGUUGUUGUUUUUAUUUUUAUUAGGUAUUUUGUGUUUUUAUAUCUUGAUUUUAUUCUCUGAACUGCCCUGAGUAUAGGGCGGUAUAUAAAUUCUAAUAAAAUGAUGAUGAUGAUGAUAGACUGCCUUUAAGCCUGGAGGCUUCUCCAUGAAUUUUUCCUGACCCCUCUUUCAAAGCCAUUGUCCUCCUAAAGCCAGGCAAGGUGAAAUAAGUUGUCUUCCUUCUCUCUUUGCCCCUCUAAUUUCCUCCUCCCUCUUUCAGCAACACGUUCACGACGGCCGGAAGGAGAGCUUGGAGGGUUUCGUGAAGACCUUUGAGAAGGUGCCCAGCGCAGAUGGAAACCCAGGCAUCUACGCCUUAGACUGCGAAAUGGUUGGUGGAGCGUUCGAUUGGGGCGAACUGGGGCGGUUUCGAAAAACAAUAGCCAUUAAAAUCAUCGGCUUAGGCAGCUCGAAAUAGGCUGCUUCUUUCAACCUGGAACGUGUCUCUGUCUCUCUGCCUGUCGUGUCUGUUUUGAAAAAAGUUAACUAAAACCGUAGCUCUGUUCCUUAACGGCUGGAACCUCGGAAGCCGAACACCUUUGAACUUGAACGUUUCGGCUCCCGAGUGGUCGAAACCCGGAAGUGAGUGUUCCGGUUUUCGAACGAUUUUCAGAAGCCAAAUGUCCGGCGCGGCUUCCAAUUGACCGUAGGACGGUUCCAGGAGUCAAACGCAUUCUGUAUUCUGUUCGAUAACCAAGGCACGACUCAAUCUAUCUACCUAUUUAUCUAUCUAUCUGUCUGUCUAUCUGUCUAGUUAUAUAUCUGUCUAUCUGUCUAUCUAUCUAUCUAUCUAUCUAUCUAUCAUCUAUCAUCUAUCUAUCUAUCUAUCUGUCUAUCUAUCAUCUAUCUAUCUAUCUGUCUAUCUAUCUAUCUGUCUAUCUAUCAUCUAUCUAUCUGUCUAUCUGUCUGUCUAUCUAUCUAUCUAUCUGUCUAUCUAUCUGUCGAUCCAUAUAUCUACUCUAUCUAUCUAUCAUCUAUCUAUCUAUCUCUCUGUCUAUCCAUAUAUCUACUCUCUCUCUCUCUCUCUCUGUCUGUCUGUCAUCUGUCUAUCAUCUAUCUAUCUGUCUGUCUCUCUAUCUGUUUAUCUGUCUAUCCAUCUAUCUGUCUAUCUAUCUAUCAUCUGUCGGUCUGUCUAUCUAUCAUCUGUCUAUCUGUCUAUCUAUCAUCUAUCUAUAUCUAUCUAUCUAUCUAUCUAUCUAUCUAUCUAUCUAUCUAUCUAUCUAUAUCUAUCUCUAUCUAUCAUCUAUCUAUCUAUCUAUCUAUCUAUCAUCACCUGUCUAUCUACUAUCAUCUAUCUAUCUGUCUAUCUAUCAUUCAUCUAUCUAUCAUGUCUGUUCUGAAAAAAGAUAACUAAAAUCGUAGCUCUCUUCCUUAACCGCUGGGAAACAGUCGGCCGAAAGAAGCAGCCUUGAAAGUUGUCAGAAAUCUCUCCCUGCACCCCCCUUGAUUCCUGCCUCUCUGGACCCCAAAUCGGUUUAAUCUCUGGGUCGCUGAGUCAGGCGAGGGUUUGGCGAAUCGGGGAUCAGGGCUGCCUGCGGAAAGGGAGGCUUCCUGAGACACCCACCCCCCUCCAAUAUCUCUCUCUUCUUCUUCGGCUCCCGCAGUGUUACACCAAGCAAGGCCUGGAGCUGACACGCGUCACGGUGAUCAACUCGGAGCUGAAAGUCGUCUACGACACCUUCGUCAAGCCUGACCACAAAGUUGUGGACUACAACACUCGGUGAGGGUAAUCAGAGGCCUGGUCCGCCGAGCCUUAAUACUUUCCUUUUUCCUUUCUCCUUCUGUGCUGGAACUCCUAUUUGGGGACUUCCCUGGCUUUUUCCCGGCCCACGUAGGACCAGUCUGGAUCGUUGGCCUUGGUGAAGAUUUGACGUUUUCAUCCCCCGAAAGUUUUUGAUUUGAAUUUCCACUGAAAUGAGGCUGCAUUUUAAUGUUGUACAGUGGUACCUCGGGUUAAGUACUUAAUUCGUUCCGGAGGCCUGUUCUUAACCUGAAACUGCUCUUAACCUAAAGCACCACUUUAGCUAAUGGGGCCUCCCGUUGCUGCCGCCGGAGCACAAUUUCUGUUCUCAUCCUGAAGCAAAGUUCUUAACCUGAAGCACUAUUUCUGGGUUAGCAGAGUCUGUAACCUGAAGCGUAUGUAACCCGAGGUACCACUGUAUUUUAAUCUAGUUUUUAAGUUGUAUUUCAAUCCAUUGUUUUUCUACCUGGUGUUAGCAGCCCUGAGCCCCGUCUUGGCUGGGGAGGGCAGGGUAUAAAUAAAAUUUAUUAAGCAUUAGGUGCAAACUGUCCUCAGCUUCUUAACCUUCAGAUUGCUGGCCUGUCUAAACCCUAGUGGCAGCAAGUCCUCCAGAGACUCCAAUGUCUCCAUCUCCCACACACAACAGCCUUUCUGGCAGGCCAGCCAAAUCAGCUUAGUUUUUCUUUUUAAAAAAUCUUGUUUAUUGAUUUUUCACAAAAAAAGACCGUAAGUUGACUUCCUGUCCUCCCAAGUUUAGUUUUUCCCUUAAGUUCCAAAUUGUGCGGUUCCUCUGCUCCAAAAUGAAAUGGGUCAAAUUCUUCCUUCCUUCCGUCCUUCCUUUCUUUCCUUUCCUUUCCUUUCCUUUCCUUUCCUUUCCUUUUUCCUUCCUCCUCCUUCCUUCCUUCCUUCUUCCUUCCUUCCUUCCUUCCUUCCUUCCUCCUUCCUUCCUUCCUUCCUUCCUUCCUUCCUUUCUUUCCUUUUUCCUUCCUCCUUCCUUCCUUCCUUCCUUUCUUUCUUUCUUUCUUUCUUUCUUUCUUUCUCUUUCUUUCUUUCUUUUACGUAUUUGUUUAUUUCCUUCCUUUUUCUCAGCCUGAGACCCAAGGCCAGCUUAUGCAGAUAAAAUGGGAGGGAAAAGCUAAAAACAUAGAAAGUACGAGAGGUUCGUAUGAGGGCAUACGGUCUUUCAAAUAGCCUGUACGUUCUGGGGACUGUGCCAAAAUUACAUAUAGUCAAAACACACACUGGGUUCAAUGUCAGGUAGGAUUGUCAAAGUCUCUCUCUCUCUCUCCCCCCCCCCCUCCGCUCUCUUUUCAAUGAUUAUCUAUUUUGCCAAACGCUUAACUCUGAAUGCUCACAAGUCAAAUGUGAGUAAGUUGCGGGUUCACAAAAAGGGAGAGCUGGAGACUAGCCUAUAACUCUCAAAAGUGGAUAUUUUUCCGUUUGUUUUCAUACAUAUAUUGCAUUGUCGUUUUCAAAUUUGACAAAAAUCAUCAUCAGUUGACAUUUACGUAACGUACUUGUUUUGACUUCUCCCCCCCCCCUUCUUGGUUUCUUGUAAAAAACAUUUUCAAAACUUUCAUCUCCCCCUUAAAUCAUUUUGUUUGUCGCUCUCUACAUUUCUUCCAAAGCCAGCUUUUAACUGCUUGCUUUUAAAUUAAUCAUGCUAAUGUGUUUAAUUGUUCGCAGUAAUUUUUUAGGUAAUCCACGCAUCUCCCCCAUUCAUUCUUCUUUCUUUCUUUCUUUCUUUCUUAUCUUUUUUUGUUGAGUUUUACGUUGCAAAUUUAAAUUCCAACAUUAAACAUCAACAUCAUCAUUUAGGAUUCCCUCAACCCUUCGAUUCCCCUCUGGGCUUUCAUGGUUACCAUUUUUAUCAAUCUUCUUUCCAACUGCUUCACUUAUUUUCUCUAUUUUUCUUAAAUAAUCAAUUUUUUUAACCUUAAUUCUGAAUACACUAUGAGCGUUCAUCAAACCCUGCCAAAGUUUUUAGUUGUUUACAGUGUUCUCUUAAAUACAUUGUAAAAUUUCCCCAUUCCUUCUUAAAGUUUUAGAAUACAUCUGAAGGCAGCCCUGUUUAGGGAAGCUUUUAAUGUUUAAUAGGUUACUGUAUUUUAGUGUUCUGUUGGAAGCCGCCCAGAAUGGCUGGGGAAACCCAGCCAGAUGGGCGGGGUUUAAAUAAUAAAAAUAAUAAAAAUAAAAAUUCUUCUUGGUUUCUUAAUCUUCCCGCGAGUUUUGCCGUUUCCGCAGAGCCCCUUAACGUUGUCGCAAUUCCUCUUCCUUCGUCGGGGGGGACGGACAGCGUCCUCCUUCCAUCUCUGCUCAAAAGAGCUGCCGGGAGAUGCCUUGUUGUUGUUGUUGUUUAGUCGUUUAGUCAUUUAGUCGUGUCCGACUCUUCGUGACCCCCUGGACCAGAGCACGCCAGGCACUUCUGUCUUCCACUGCCUCCCGCAAUUUGGUCAAACUCAUAUUGGUAGCUUUGAGAACACUGUCCCACCAUCUCGUCCUCUGCCAUCCCCUUCUCCUUGUGCCCUCCAUCUUUCCCAGCAUCAGGGUCUUUUCCAGGGAGCCUUCUCUUCUCCUGAGGUGGCCAAAGUCUUGGAGCCUCAGCUUCAGGAUCUGUCCUUCCCGUGAGCACUCAGGGGUGAUUUCUUUCAGAAUGGAGAGGUUUGAUCUUCUUGCAGUCCAUGGGCUCUCCAGAGUCUCCUCCAGCACCAGAAUUCAAACGCCUUGCUCAAGCGGCAAUUUUGUACGACUGCCUUCGCAAGGGCGAGUAUUCCCACCCGUUUGACGGCGUUGAUCUUUGCCUUCGCAGGUUUUCGGGCGUGACGGAGGCGGACCUGGAGAACGCCUCCAUCACCCUGCGGGACGUCCAAGCCGUCCUCCUGAGCAUGUUCAGCUCGGACACGAUCCUGAUCGGGCACAGCCUGGAAAGCGACCUGUUUGCGCUGAAGGUAACGGGACAGUUCCGGCGGGGCAGUUCUGCGUUCUGCUUGCUCUGGGGAAAGCCAGGCAGCGAUGUGUCAGCCGCAGGGUGGGCUGGGGUCGUUUCCCCGCUUUGAGCGGCUUAACAGAGGAGUCUGUGCCCCCCACCCCAUUCAGACUGUAGCAACUGAGCAACGCUAGAUCAGGCGGGUAUUCCCCAAACCCAUCGCCGUGUCCCGUCCCCCAGUCCUACGGACAAACCCCAAACCCGUUGCCGUAUACUCCAACCUGGUUUGUUCCCAGAGCCGCAACUCUUCUAUCUCCUAGGUUCCCAGCACACAUGCCCCACAGGGGGGCAAUCUGAUUCUUAGAGAGGGGGCCAAUUCGAGAAUGAGUUAUUAACAGUGAAUGGCCUUUUAGGCUUCCUCCACAUGAAUAGGAGCUCGCUUUUUGAAUAAUAAGAAUCACCGUAUUUUUCUGUCUAUAAGACGCCCCCUGUUUUGGGGGAGGGGACGCGGGUGGCGCUGUGGGUUAAACCACAGAGCCUAGGACUUGCCGAUCAGAAGGUCGGCGGUUCAAAUCCCCGCGACGGGGUGAGCUCCCGUUGCUUGGUCCCUGCUCCUUCCAACCUAGCAGUUUGAAAGCACGUCAAAGUGCAAGUAGAUAAAUAGGUACCGCUCCGGCGGGAAGGUAAACGGCGUUUCCGUGCGCUGCUCUGGUUCGCCAGAAGCGGCUUAGUCCUGCUGGCCACAUGACCCGGAAGCUGGACGCUGGCUCACUCGGCCAGUAAAGCGAGAUGAGCGCCGCAACCCCAGAGUCGGCCACGACUGGACCUAAUAGUCAGGGGUCCCUUUACCUUUACUAGUUUGGGGUAUUUAAGAAAAUCGGGGGGGAGAUGGCCUCGGUGUAUAAGACGCCCCCCACAUUUUUGACUUCAUUUUUAAGGGGAAAAACAGUCUUAUACAUGGAAAAAUAUUGUAUAUGUUGGGGGGGGGGGGAAUCAGGAUUUUAGAGAUGCUUACAAAUUGGUUUCGAACCACUGCUGUAUCUAUCUGAAAGGGUGGGAACAGCUUUUAAAUUUAAAGGCCAAGGGUGAGGGUGGGGGGGGGUCUAGGGCUGGGGAAUAUGUCGUCCGAAACUGUUCUGAUGUACAUAUCGCGAAAUCAGGUUUCAUCACUUCUGGCCUGGCGAUAUAUCGCAAAUCGUGAUGUUUGCAUGUGCUAUGCACAGUGCUUUCUUUAAAAAAAAAAAAAUGUUUAGGGGUACUCUCUUUUUCCUACUCCUAUGAGGCCAAACUUAGAUUCAGAAAAGGUUUAGGGGUAUGCGUACCCCUUUGUCCAUCCGUCCCCCAGAAAAAAGCCCUGGCUAUGCAAAAAUCACGGCACGGGGAAAACCACGAAGCCAGCCGAUGCCUCUGCAUAGCCUGGUCCUUAUUUCGGGCCUCGCAAUCUAUCAGUCUAUUGCGAUGCUUAGCCAGCGAUGAUAUCGCAAAGUUGACAGCCAGAUCAUUGCCCGGCCCAAGUGGGGGGUCCGAAGACGCGUUCCUGGUGGCGCGAGGGUUUCCACCAGUGCAGAAGAACAUAGCGGAAGUACUUGGGGGAAAGGGAGACCCUUUGACCCCGUCUGCGUCCGUCUCUCCCGGCAGCUCAUCCACGGGACUGUGGUGGACACGGCUAUCGUCUUCCCUCACCGCCUGGGCUUGCCUUACAAGCGGGCGCUGCGCACCUUGAUGGCCGACUACCUCAAGCGCAUCAUCCAGGACAGCGGUGAGAUUUCGGCGCCUGGAGGGGGGCGGGAUGGGGAGCAAGGGAGAGAAUCCGUGGGGUGGUGCCUCGGGGUCUUCAGUCCGCCUUCCGCCCUCUCCGCUCCUGAGCUGCAAAGCCCUGACCGCCAAACACCAGCCUCUCUAAAGUCCUACAGCUCCAAUUCCAGACACCCCAGUGCCUUUCCUUCCCAUAAAGGAACAGCCUUACAGUCCCGCUUGGACUACUGCCAUGCGCUCUACAUGGGGCUGCCUUUGAAGGUGACCCGGAAACUGCAACUAAUCCAGAACGCAGCAGCUAGGCUGGGGACUGAGAGCGGUCACCGAGACCAUAUAACACCGGUCCAGAAAGACCUCCAUUGGCUCUCAAGACGUUCCUGAGCACAAUUCAAAGUGCUGGUGCUGACCUUGAAAGCCCUAAACGGCCUCAGCCAAGUAUACGUGAAGGAGCCUCUCCAACCCCAGUGUUCAGCCCGGACACCUGGGUCCAGCUCCAAGGGCCUUCUGGCGGUCCACUCCCUGCGAGAAGAGAGGUUGUGCAGGGAGCCAGGAAGAUGUCGCACAGCCUGGGAGUCAUUUUGGACUCCUGGCUAUCCAUGGAGGGGCAGGUCAAUUCUGUGUCCAGGGCAGCUCCAUCUGGUAUGCAGGAUGAGACCCUCCCUGCCCGCAGACUGUCUGGCCAGAGUGAUGCAUGCUCUGGUUAUCUCCCGCUUGGACUACUGCCAUGCGCUCUCCGUGGGGCUACCUUUGAAGGUGACCCGGAAACUAUAACUAAUCCAGAAUGCGGCAGCCAGACUGGGGACUGGGAGUGGCCACCGAGACUGGGAGUGGAGACCAUAUAACACCGGUCCUGAAAGACUUACAUUGGCUCCCAGGACAUUUCUGAGCACAAUUCAAAGUGUUGGUGCUCAUCUAGAAAGCCCUAAAUGGCCUCGGCCCAAUAUACCUAAAGGAGCAUCUCCACCCCCAUUGUUCAGCCCGGACACAGGUCCCAGGGCCAAGGGCCAAGAUUGAUUGAUUGAUUGACUGAAUUUAUAUACCGCCCUAUACCCAGAGGUCUCAAGGUGGUUCACAGAAAACAUCACAAUAUGUAAAAUCAAAAUAAGAACAAUAACCCAAUAGAGCCACAUUUUAAAAGGGUAUAGGAUGUCGUUGAGGUCAACCAAAGGCCUGGUUAAAAAGGAACGUUCUUGCCUGGCACCUAAAGGUGUAUAAUGAAGGCGCAAGGCGAACGUCCCUGGGGAGAGCAUUCCACAGACGAGGGGCCACUGCAGAGAAGGCCCCGUUCUCGUGUUGCCACCCUCCGGACCUCUCGAGGAGGAGGCACACGAAGGAGGGCCUCAGAAGAUGAUCUCAGGGUCCGGGUAGGUCCAUAUGGAAAGAGGCGGUCCUUGAGGUAUUGCGGUCCUGAUCCGCCCCACCCCAAUUCCUUCCCAUCUUUCCAAGUCCCUCUUUGAUCUCCCCAAGGCAGCGGUGACCAAACUUGGCCCUCCAGCUGUUUUGGGACUACAGCUCCCAUCAUCCCUAGCUAACAGGACCAGCAGUCAGGGAUGAUGGGAAUUGUAGUCCAAAGCAUCCAGAGGGCCGAGUUUGACCACCACUGCCCCAGAAGAUGAGUCACAACCUCCUGCGUUCUCUCUUUGUUUUUCUUCCCGGCAGUGGAAGGCCACGACUCGAGCGAGGACGCCCGGGCGUGCAUGGAACUGAUGAUCUGGAAGAUCAAAGAAGACGCGAAAGUGAAGCGGUGAUAGAGGAGGGGCCGCCGCCGUUCUUCCUCCUUCGCCCCUUCCGCUUUUACCGGUGCAGUGCAAUAAUGAUAAUAAUAAUAACAAUAAUAGCCUCUUGGGAGCCUGGACCUACCCCCCCUUCUGUGUUCGCAGGUAUCCCUGCGUAGCUGCUGCUGGUGGCACCACCCCUCCUCUGCAGUCACACUGUGAAAGCAUGUGACCUCGCGAGUCUGGCCGCAACGUCCCGUCCCCCACGACCUGUGGCGCGGUAGGCCCACCAGAGAACUCCGGGAUAAAAUCUGGGUGGCGCCUAACUCCCCGAAACCCCGUCCCGUUCGCGAACCUCGAAAAACGGAAAUCCAGCUUCUCCUUUGGGGACUUAACGUGGGGCUCCCUGUGCGCCGCCGCACGCCGGGAAGUCGGCUGUGGCGACUCGGGCAAGCUGUGGAGGCUCCGAUCCGGGAGCGGGCUGCCUCCAAACCCGCAACCCCAGAAGAGAAGGCGGAGGCGGCGUGCGGUUGGCAGAGCAGCAGAACUGCCGGCACGGAUACGCGUUUGAGUCCCGGCCGUGGGUACGGCAGGGCGUUGCGCUCGUGCCAGGAGCACUGGGGCCUUCGGUGCAGCUGACCCACAGGAAAUGGGCCCCCCUGCAAAGAGGGGGUUCCCCUCACCCCAUCUCCCAGCGCAACGGGCCCCCGGUCUCUGCUGCCUGCAUCGUCGGACUCCUUCCCGAGGCACAGGAUUGCCCCGGAUAAGGGGCUGGCAGCCGUUCCCACGACGGGUUCGCCACCUGAGACCCUGAAUCGGCCGUUGCGCAAGUUCUCCAGGGUGGAAAACGGGGCGUGAGCGUGGCAGAGUCGCUGCAGGGACCCUUACGAUUCGUCCGCCUUCGCAACUGCAAGUCCGGGGAAUUCCACCGUUCAGAGCAUAUCGCACAUAACUUCCAAGCUCAACCACGACUUUUUAAAAAACACUAGGAAACGCUUCUUCCUAAUAAUUGCUAAUCGCUGCUCUGUGAACGCCCCGUGGGGAAACUUAACCCAGCUCGCUUUGGGGGGGGGGUGGAUGCAGGUGGAAAUAUUUGCCUUGGCGUAAAACAGAAAGUGGGGUGAUGGUUGAAUCCACCUUUUCAAAUUCACACACGCUCAGUUAUCCGUGAGUGUAAAUAACAAUGUUCUAGGAACAGAGCAAGUUAGAAGACAGGGUGGGGCGGGGGGGGUGUUGGUUAUCUAUUUAAAACAAGGGGAGAAUUCUGCACUACAAGCUAUUUUAGCUGACGAAACACUUCCCUCCUCUGUCCCCCGAAUUUUCAUUUAAGGAGAGAGCCUAAAGAGUUCAAAUGUUUCCCAACGCCGUCGGAACCCAUUCAUUCCCUUUAAAUACCAGUUCCAUGUUUCUUGCAGCUCCCAAUCUGCCCUCUUCCUUCCUCCCUUCAAGGGUAAUAAGAGGAGAAAGCAAGUCUCCUCUGCCCCUGGGGGAAAAAAACCCUAUUAUUAUUAUUAUUAAUAAUAAUAACCUUAGCAGAGGUCGACCACCUCUGCAGCUGACCCAGAUCGCCUUUGUUUUGUUAACACUGUACAGUUAAUUAAAAAAAACGGGCGCUGUAGACUUUGUAUAUGCAGAACUGGUAAAAACCUGUUAACACUAUUUUGUAAAUGGUUUUUUUUUUUAAAUAAAUAAACAAAAAAUCCUGGCUAUUUAUGGUGAGCACGAUUGGUUAUUUUAGAGAUUAUCUCUCUCUGUGUGUG